AUGCACUCGCGUCGACCCGAGACAUUGAAGAUUGACAUCUCCAAGUAUAGGGGAGUCGAAGAGGACUCCCUCUUGAGAUGGUUCGUCGAAUUAGACGACGCCAUAAGGGCGCGUCGCAUCGACGAAGGCGAUAUGCAAGUUGCAUUUGCCCAAUCAAAUUUGGCAGGACGUGCCAAGACUUGGGCAUUGGGGCUCAAGUUGCGCGACCCAUAUGCGUUUGGGUCGUUGGAAAUCUUCAAGUCGCGGCUCAGACAAACGUUUGAACCGCCUAGAGCUGAGUUCAGAGCUCGAACCGAACUCUUGAAGCUCAAGCAGGGUAAGCGUGAUGUGCACGCUUACGCGCAACAUAUACGACAUCUCACGAGUUGUAUAAGUUCCAACCCGGUUGAUGAACACACGUUGGUUUCGGUGUUCACGCAGGGUCUUGCGGAUGUUCCCGUCAAGACUCACCUGUUCCGACUUGAACUAGAUUCACUAGAGCAAGCCAUUUCCAUUGCGGAACAGAAGACUUCAGUCUGA